AUGUAAUAGGACAAAAGAAACGUCGACAUAUAUGUGUCACCAAGUAGCUCUCACAACGUCAGUGGCUUAUUCGUUCGACUUCAAAGUUUAUAGAUUUCGUAUCGUCCAAGUUUCAUCAACCAAUUCCACCAUCAUCAUGUCUCAUCCCGAACCAUCGCAACCGGUCCAAUCCAUCAAGGCUUCGGAUGUUCAAACAUCGGGAGCGCAGACAGAUGGAAUGAUCCGCUCCGAUGCCAUAGUUGAUAAAUGCGACGGUAUCUGCGCCACCAGCAUGCUUGCAAAACCACAUACUGCCUCGGCGGUCCAUCAUCACGGAGAACAAGACACCAUAGUCUACGCUGUUAAGGGACGAGGAACCGUCGUGUCUGAAGGGGGGACAAUGAGGGUAGAUUUGGAACCUGGGGACUUUGCCCUCAUCCCCGCGUAUAUGGAGCACCAAGAGGUGAACGACAGCGACGAGGAUAUCAUCUGGACCAUCGUACGCAGCGGGAGGAUUCCGGAUGUAGUGAAUCUUACCGGCUGGAACGGAGAACCCGUCAAGGGUUAGAUACCUAAAUUAAGCAAGAACCAAAUGCUUGUCCAUUUAUUGUGUAUAUAUAUGCGACCGAGAUAAACACGCCAACAUCCCCUAACAUCGUCUAUUCGCUCAACCCCUUAACUCCGUAUAUGAUCGUCUCCAAACGUCUGUCUAAUGUCUCUUAGCCCCUUCCGCCGUUGUAAUCAGCACCGCCGGCUCUCCGUAACCUAGUCACGAUGUCCUUCUCGUCAAGGUCGCCUCGAUCACGAGCGUCGACUGUUAUAGAAUGAUGCGCCAGCACCUUCUUCACGUGUGAGCUCUCUAUGGACACGCGAGCUUUGCGCAUCACCUUGACGCCCUCUCCGAUCCAUACGAUGAGCACGAACUUGACACGCUUGCUCUCCGAGUCGUUAUUGUAUUCGACUCGUACGUACGCGUAAUUGACCUGAGAGUCGUCUAGCUUCGA